AGAAGGAAAGAGAAAGAAAGAAGAAAGGAGAGAGAGAAAGGAAGGAAGGAAGGAAGGAAAAAGGAAAGAAGGGAGAAGGAAAGGAAGAAAGAAGAAGGAAAGAAGACUGAACUCUCUCCCUUCCUUUCCAAGCGGGCGAUGGCGCUUGCCUGGGGCUGGCAUCCUUUUCCCCUCCUCCGGGACUAAACCUGCUGCCGAAGGGGGACCUGGAGGUGGAGGGAGCCGCAGCGAGGAGCCCAGCGCCGCCGGCCCCUUGGCCUUGCCUCGCGGGAGGGAAGGGGACCCAGGGCUGCCCUCCGGAUCGAGCCUCCUCCUUGCUUCCCAUCCUCUUGUCUUGGAAAAGCCCUCCCUCCAGCCUGCCUUCCUUCCUUCCAGCCAGCCUUCCUUGGCCCUCGGCUUUGCGGAGUUCAUGGAGCUGGGAUUGCAUCUCUUGGUGGGACUGACCAUUUUCUCCAGUGCAGGCUUCUUGUUGCCCGUCUCUCAAGCCCUGCUGCCUCUCAGUGGCAACAGCAGCACCAGAGACAGUGGCCUGAGAUCGCCUGGGCUCCGGGAGAGAGUCAGCAAAGAAAGCCAGACAACAAUGGCAGGAGAGCAGCUUUCAGUCAGCAAGGCCAGCGUGGAGAAAGAGGCUGACCUGGGGGAAGCACAUCGCCGACCCAGACGCUGCACUUGCUACACCUACAAGGAUAAGGAGUGUGUUUAUUACUGCCACUUGGACAUCAUCUGGAUCAACACCCCACAGAGGACUGUUCCAUAUGGACUGGCUAAUUACAGAGGAAGUUUCAGAGGCAAAAGGUCUAUAGAACAGCAUCGCAAGAGCUUACAUUCGUCAAAAUGGCCUCUAUUGCGCUGCUCCUGUGCAGACAGAUGUGACAAGCCAUGUAUGAAUUUUUGCACGAGGACCCAGGGUGACCACUGCAAUAAGGAACAACUGAAUAGCACAGGAGAAACAGAACCCUAUGGAGAAAAGGAACAUGUUCUCACUUAGUAGCUCAGGAGAAUUUAGCAGCUUCUGAGUGAAGAGGUAUCAAGUUAAGAAGCUACUGCGUAAGAUAUGAAACUCACCCAAGGUGGAUAAAUGUGCCCAGAUUCCCAAAUGGAUUGUCUAGCAAUAGAUGCUGCCUUUUCUGGAACUGAUACCAUCUUGAAGAUGGAAAAUGAUCCUGUUUGGAGAACCUUGUACUUUCCUGCAGUGUUCUGGUGUGUCAUAACAGAAGGAGACAACUUCCAUCCAUUUUGGACAGAAACAGUUUUGCUAUUUUGAAGGUCCAAAGAACAAUUCUUACCAACAAGUUCAAGGGAUAAACUUUCUUAAUCAAUGUAUGAGAUGGGGGAGGGGAUAUUGUUUUACCUGCUUGUUUUUUAUACUGAAUUUUCCAGUUUUCUGAAGACAGUUGUCAUGAGAGAAAUUGGUAUAUUAGAAAAAAAAUAUUUGUGUUUGAUGUUGUCACUUUUAUAUUAAAAAAACAAACAAAACCUUUUCCCUAAUGUUAUUCAAAUCUGUCUUCGUAUUGUAAUUUCAGUGGCAAAACAUGACAAUAUCUAUGCAGAUUAAAUAUGAAUGGCUAAUAUUAAUAUCAUUAUAAAAUAUAGCAAGCUAACAGUAUACUGUGAGUAUUUCAGAGAUUGUCAGUUUUUAUGUACCAAUUACCUCUGCACUGAAAUUGAAUUUUAAGAAUUGUAACAAUAGCAGCUAAGAGAUACGAUAUUGAUGAACUGAACAGUACACUAGUUUAUCCUGCCAACCACUAAAAUUGAGAGCUUCCCUAAGAGGAAACUAUAAAACCUUAUAAAUGCUUAAAUUGCAGUCAAAGGCUUGUAUUAGUAGUCAAUAAUAAAUUGUUAAAGAGAGAUGAUUGUAAAGACGUGGGAUUUGCAAUUAUGAAAAGUGACUCUCAGGAACAGACAAUGCAAAAGGAUUGGAUAUGUUUCAACACAACUGAGGACCAUAUGAAUUAGUUGGGCACAUGUUUGAUUUAAGAAGAAUUUUAGAAGAACAUUCAUCCCAUGUUUGCUAGUCAAACAGAAGAAAGGGGGGGGGGAGUCAUUUACUGAUGGUUGGAAGCCUUUCAAAAGAUGCUAUGGUCAAAACUGCAGGAUUUCUUUGUUUUUCCGAUAAAAGCUUUAUAUUUUGCUAGGACACAAGUUUGAAGACAACAGCUAAGGCUGUAAGCUGAAUACAUGAACUCUGCAAAUGAACAACAUCCAAAACCAGCCAUUUAAAAUUUGCAAAGAGGUAAAGGACAUUGUUUUAAGCAAGAAUGGAAGAGAUCUUUUGUCAAAAAUUUAUAUAUAUAUAUAUAAAAAUAUAUGAAUAUAUUACAUAAAUAAAUUA